AUGGAGGCGCUCAAGAAGACGUUCAAGGGCGCGGCCCAGGGGCUCAGCGAGGAGGAGCAGCGCCACCAGAAGUGCGAGGACAUGCGCGAGAAGGCGCUUACCAAGUGCUCGCGCGUCAAGUUCCUGGUGAACGCCAUGGAGAAGAUGGGCUGCAGUCUGGAGCCCGGCUUCUUCUCCAGCGUGGACUGCGAGGGCAAGAUCAACGGCGGCUUCCACCUGGACGACGAGGGCAAGCCUGGUGUGGUGUUGUGCCAGAACCACAUUCCCGACCAGGAGUGGAUGGACCGCACCAUGGCGCACGAGCUGAUCCACGCGUUCGACCACUGCCGCAACAAGAUCGACUGGAACAAGUGCGAGCACCACGCGUGCAGUGAGAUCCGCGCUGCAGCGUUGAGCGGCGAUUGUAACUGGAAGUACGAGUUCUUCCGCAACAACUUCAACGUCAGUAAGCAGCACCAGCUCUGCACGCGGCGACGAGCAAAACUUUCCAUCGAGCAGAACGAUACGUGCAAGGGCAAGGCGGACGAAUGCAUCGACAAGGUGUUCGACUCUUGCUACCGCGAUUGGUCGCCCUACCGCGAGAUCCCGUAGUUGUGGUCAUCCACCACAUCAAUACGCGAGCUCACAGAAGCCAAGACGCUGCUACCAGCGCCUACCAGCACAGGCUUCACCUCCCACGGCUGGCAGCUUCAGUAGAUCUACAGCACCGCUAAAUAGAGAUACACCAUCUGCAAUGUCACUUAAACUGUACAUUUACGGU